AUGUCGUCCAGCAAACGACGAAAGCUGGAUGAGCCAGAGACAGGCUCACAACCUUCUGCGAGCGCCGUCAGCGCCGUGAGUGCUCUGGCAGCCCGUCGGCGACUGGCCGCAGUGGCCUCUGUCGAAAGUAGCCAGCCAAGCAGUCCAUCCAGAGGGGAUACUUCUGUCAAUAGCAGGAGUUCCAGUAACGCCAAUGCAUUCAGUGUUUUGCAGAAUCUCAGUCGUCAGGGGAACUCAGAAAGCCAGUCUGCUAGUCAGGCAAGCACGCCACAAGACCUCAAAAAGUCUGGGCGGUCAACCCCGUUGAAAAGAAGCGAGGCAGCUAGAGGUUCCGAAGUUGCUGUAGCUUCUCCCUCCCGAAGUAUUCAAUACUCCUCGUUUAGAGAGACAACCCAGAACCACCGCACCACAUCAAAGGGCGUGGUCCAGCUCCGUCUGAAGGAGAGCGAGCGUUUCAUGGUUCUUGGGAGUUUUGGUAUAGUUCUUAUCGAGGGUGAGCUUACCAUUGCUGGAGCAACGUUGCGCCCAUCGCCAGAUCUGCAAUGGAUUCAUGCGCCUCACUGCCACGCGAUCCCGGUGUUGAGAACCACAAAGCCUACGAAACUGGAGUUACAUGCCGACCCCGCUGCCAAAUCAUUGCGGCAACUUGGUCGACUGUCUCCUCUAUUUCGAAGAAUCUGGAACGACCCCGUUGAGGCUCCUGGAGCUCAACGCCCACCAUCUACAUUCCGCAUUCUAUACUCGUCUGAAGAUGCUCCUAAGAAGAGUAUCAUUCAAGAUCUUGUGUCCCCUCCCGCAUGGAACAAAAAAUUAGCAGCUUCACUUGCUUCCCACGCCGAUCAGACGUCAUAUACGACUCUCGUCUGCGGACCCAAGUCGACAGGCAAAUCUACCUUUUCAAGACUUCUAACCAACCGACUUCUUACGAGAUCUUCCCGCUCCGUGCCAUCAGGUGUUGCAAUCUUAGACUUGGAUCCGGGCCAGCCAGAAUAUGCGGUUCCUGGCACCCUCUCUCUCGUCCACGUCACAAAACCAAACCUCAGCGCGCCAUUCUCCCACUCCUGUUUCGAGAACGAGGGAGCAAAGGUGAUCCGAUGCCACGCUCUAGCAGCCGUGUCCCCGGCCUCGGACCCAGAUCUCUACCGCGAAUGCGCAUUCAACCUCCAUGACGAGUACCUCUCCAAGCUCCAAAACCUCCCCUUGAUCAUAAACACCCCCGGCUGGGUUCUCGGCACCGGCCUCCAGCUCCUCGAGGACAUCAUCAAACGAACCUCGCCCUCGGAAGUCAUAUACAUGUCCGAAGAAGGCCCCGCAGAAGCCGUGGACGCCCUCGAAGCCGUCGCGUCAGACUCGCUCCGCACCUUGCCCUCGCAGCCAUCCGAGUUUGCGACCCGAACCGCCGCCCAUCUCCGAGCGAUGCAGACCAUGACCUAUUUCCAUCUCAGGAGCCACACGGCCUCCUUGUCGGGGGGAAGAUUGCAGUGGAACCCUUCGCCCCUCUCGGCGAUCCCUCCAUGGCAGGUCGCCUACGCCGGCCCCGGGAGCGGGAUCAUGGCCGUCAUGUCCUACGAUUACCAGUCGCCCGCCGACCUCCUGGCCGAGACCAUCAACGGAACGGUCCUGGCAGCGGUGGAGAUCGAAGACGCCAAGGCAUUCAGAGACCUGAACGAAGAAGACUCCAGCAUGCCCAGGAUAUCCAGAACGCCAGAGGACCUGCCGUUCAUCGCGAAUCCCAACGACGUCGCCCUCGACCCCCGCCACUCCCACACCAUCGGGCUCGUCCUCAUCCGGGGCAUCGACACCGCGACCCGCUCCAUCCAGAUCCUCACCCCCAUUCCGCCCCAGACAAUCGAGCAGGUGAAGGCGAGAGGCAACCAGAUCGUCUUCGUCCACGGGAAGUUCGACGCCCCCGGCUGGGCGUACACGGAAGACCUGUACCUCCGCUCGGGUGAUGACGACACCGUCAUGGACCAGACGAUGAAGGUGGAGGAUCAGGAUACCAGCGAGGAUGACUCCGAUGCCGAGGGCUUGGAUUCGGUGAGUACCCGCGACGUGACAAAUACGCCCUGGGUUGAGACUCUAAGGGGCAACGAGAAGCGUCCCGUGGGAUCCAAGGUUUGGAGGGUGAGGCGGGAUCUUGGACGUAGCGCUGGAGAUGGUUGA